GCAUUAAUCCCGUUGCUAAUAUUGCUGAAGGAGGGGAAGUCCUCCUCGCUUUCUGCUUUGGAAGAUUCAGAAUCCUCAGAAACCCCCACCAAUCCCACACUCUGUAACAGUGGCCAAAGCAAAACCCUCUUUACAUAUUUUCAUCGUUUCCCCACUCUCCCCUUCCUCCAUCUUCCAAUUCUGCUCAAGAAAAUGGAUUUCCAAGUCGUCGUGCUAGCCGGCGGAACUUCGAAAGAACUUGUACCUCUUGUCUCCAAGGAAGUGCCAAAACCUUUGCUCCCUGUGGCCAACCGCCCGGUUCUAUCUUACGUGCUAGAGCAAUUAGAGCUCAGCAACCUCAAGGAUCUCAUUGUGGUUGUUGAAGGGGAAGAUGCAGCUCUACGUGUUGGUGGAUGGAUUUCAGGAGCUUAUGUGGACCGCCUGCAUGUUGAGGUUGCUGCAGUUCCUGAGGAUGUUGGAACUGCUGGUGCUCUCCGGGCCAUCGCACGCCACUUGACAGCAAAGGACAUUUUGGUUGUGAGUGGUGAUCUUGUUUCUGAUGUUCCUCCUGGUGCUGUUGCAGCUGCCCAUAGAAGGCAUGACGCUGUAGUCACUUCAAUGAUCUGUUCUACACCAGUCAGCGGGCCUGUAGAAUCUGGAUCAGUUGGUGCUAAGGACAAGAUAAAGAAGCCCAGGCGAUUCAACAUUAUUGGGCUGGACCCUACAAAGCAAUUUUUGUUGUACAUUGCCUCAGGAGCUGAAGUUGAAAAAGAUCUUCAUAUCCCCAAGAGUAUUCUUCGUGCUGUUGGUCAGGUAAACACCUAGCCAUCCGUUUGUGAGCCUUUUCCAACAUUUUCUGUUACGAAUGACAAGAUGGUGAUGCUUGUACUAAGAAGCCUACAGAACUUACGAGUGUUGUAAUAAUGGGCCUAGUUUGACAUGGAGUGACUAUGAAACCAUCCUCGGCUUUGUUUGUUUCAAUUCAUUGUACUUUGCCUGUUUGUUUGCCACAUCAAUGGAUCAUUGGAUAACUUCUCAAUGCUGGUUGGUGUGCAAACCUAUGUCUUCUGUUAGUAUUCUCACUUUUAGUUGGAGUAAGAAGUUAUUCUCUUGAUUGCCAAACCAUAUGCUCUGAAUGUUCAGAAGCAAGUAAAUACUUGCAGGGUUAUUGUUUCAGUUUCGGUUAUAACAAUCUUUUCUGUGAAUCCCUUAAUAGAUGGAUAUACAAGCCGAUCUUAUGGAUGCCCAUAUGUACGCGUUCAAGAGGGCUGUUCUGCUGGAGGUUUUAGAACAAAAACAAAACUUUCACAGCUUGAGACACGAUGUACUACCUUAUCUUGUUAGGACCCAGCUGAAAUCAGAGAUUCUACUGAAUGGUACACCACAAGCAGAAGAAAAUGGACAUGAUAAGGUCACUUCUGAGAGCAACCAAACUAUAAUAUCUCAAAUAUUGGCCAACGCUUCUACACCAAGAUUCCAUGAAGUUUAUGAAUCAAUUCAUAAUGGAUCUCCAACAGUACAAAGAACUCAUAAAUGUUGUGCUUAUAUUGCCAGCAACAGCAAGUAUUGUGCACGCUUAAAUUCCAUUCAAGCAUUCAGUGACAUUAACCGUGAUGUCAUAGGUGAAGCCAAUCGUCUCUCUGGAUAUUCCUUCUCUGUUCAUAACAACAUCAUACAUCCUUCAUCAGAGCUGGGAUCAAAGACUACUGUGGGGCCUCAUUGUAUGUUGGGUGAAGGAUCAUUAAUGGGUGACAAAUGCAGUGUAAAGCGCUCUGUUAUUGGUCGCCACUGUAGGAUAGGUUCCAAUGUUAAGAUUGUUAAUUCAGUUGUCAUGGACCAUGUUACCCUCGGAGAUGGCAGUUCAAUCCAAGGUUCGAUAGUUUGCAGCAAUGUUCAGAUCCAAGAGCGGGUUGUACUAAAAGACUGUCAGAUUGGAGCAGGCUUUGUGGUCUCCGCAGGCAGUGAACACAAGGGAGAGUCCUUAACUAGGAAAGAGAAAUAGAGUUUAUAAGGAAUAAAGGAAUGAUGUUGGGGGUUAAAAAAAACAGUGGAUAACCCCUUGUUAGAAGAACCAGAAAUGCCUUUAUCACAGUGAACCGUGAUGUAGAUCACGGUUAGAAUUUUUGGGUGGCUAAUGCUGUUGCUAGAGGUUUAGGUGAUCACAGAGAUAUCGAGCUUCGUAGUGGUGUGUGGUUAACAGCAUUCCAGCUCUCCUACGUUUGUUGGAUGGUAUUCUUUCUUCUGCUAUGCCUUCUCAUGAGAAUUGAUGUGUGCGGCCUGUGACUAAUCUAUCCAUACAUCCUGUAUUUUGUGAUAGAUUAGCAUCAAUUUUGUCCCAUCUUUGUAAUACACCUUAUUCGACAUCUACUGGUUGUGUAGUGGAAGUAUUGAUCAUUUUCAAUAUUCUGGCUCUCGUUCGUGUUCCUUUUUAGUCACGCCUGGUUGACUCGAACUAAACAUGACACAAUUUAAUAAUCUCAGUGACCAAAUGUGUCA